ACUUUUCCAUGUCGGGAUUUGCCCUGCCUGUAACUCAUGUAGCAGAUAUCAAGGAAGUUGCCUCACUUUGGAUUUUUUUUCCCCCCCUCCCCUCCCAAACUUUCUCUUUAAGUUGUCCUUUACGUUGUUAUUUCCCCCCUUCUGAACAUUUCAACAGUAAAAUGUCUUACAUACCCGGACAACCGCUAACUGCCGUUGUGCAAAGGAUUGAGAUCCAAAAGUUGCGACAGGGAGACAAUCUAAUCCUGGGUUUCAGCAUCGGAGGAGGGAUUGACCAGGAUCCCGGUCAGAACCCCUUUUCAGAGGACAAAUGUGACAAAGGUAUUUAUGUGACCAGAAUAACACCAAAGGGACCAGCAGACAUGGCCGGCUUGAUGAUGGGUGACAAAAUUAUGCAGGUGAACGGCUGGGACAUGACCAUGGUGACUCACGACCAGGCCCGGAAAAGGCUGACAAAGAAGAAAGAGGAUGUGGUCCGGCUCCUGGUCACCAGGAAGUCACUGGAGGACGCUGUGAAAAAUUCAAUGGGGGGCACGAACCCCAGAAAGCAGCAACAGCAAUGAGAAGCUUUCCGGCAACCGCCAAGUAGCACAAACACAACCACACAGAUGCUCUUGACUGUUUUGAGACCCUUUAUUCCAUUAAGUCGCCAGACAAGAGGAGCACAUCUGUUUAUUCCACACACACACACACACACACAACGGUACAUGUUUUUGUAGCAUGGAAAGCAGGGAUGCAUUUUGUCUACAUAAAAGACACCAUUUUGAACAGAGACUGAAUGAAACUUUGUACCUGCAUGUCAGAUUUUUUUUUUUCCGAUUUAAUACCUUUUUUUUUUACUAUCUUUAUUGUAGCUAUUUGUAAUGUAGCGCUCUUUAAUUCUAUACCACUGCAAUUGCCAACCACAAUAAUAAACUAAAUUCAUCACGCUC